UGAUUAAGAUUCAGAUAUGAAAACAAAAUCAAACCCGUUUGCAAACAAACAAACACUAACGUUUUUUAAUCUCAAAUACCCAAAUCCUGCAGCAAAAAUAAAGGAAUCACAUUAGAAAUAUGGGACGAUGUAAUGCAAAAUAUAGCGUUGGAUUCGCAACGCUUUUACAUUAAAAAUAUAACAUACCCAUUCAAAAAUGCCCUAACUCGCUUAAAUCUGACCGAGGAGAAACAUGACACACGAGGAAUAUUUGAUUAAUUAAACGUUCUAUUCAGAUGUGAUUAAGAUUCAGAUAUGAAAAUAAAAUCAAACCCGUUUGCAAACAAACAAACACUAAGCUGCAGUCAGUUCCAGCCAUUUUCAGUGCAAAAAAAUCGCUAAUAUUCUAUUUGUAAAUAAAAAAUAUGAAGAGAAGUACAGGGAAUAUUGGACGGGCAUCGCGAGGUGCAUUUCCUCGAAAACGACCGAUUCGUGGAGUAUAUACCGACUUCAGGACAUGUUUUGGACAAAAUAGUUUACUGACUUGUUUCGUCUGGAUGUCUAAGGUUGGAUUAUGGCCGUUUUUUGUGGAAUAUUUUCAUCUGUGUGUAAUAAUGAACCCGGAAAUGUGAGUCGCGCUGUGUACGUUGAAGCCGUGUAUAGAGAACGGAUGGAUGGAUAUUCGUUGUUUGUCUGACAAAUGUGUUUAUAUUACCCGGUGUGGUAAUCACAUCUGAAAGUGGUUUAUACCGGCGGAUUCAUGAGAAUCUAAGCUUUCCAUCGGCGUAUAGUGUUUAUAUAAUCGCGUUUGCAGAAAUUUUACUUUGACAUAAUUGAUGGCACAAUUUACCCCCAACAUGUUUUCUGCAAAGGCUCAACUAACUCCAAGUUUGUUCCCUUUGGAAAACCAUAUUCCUCAUAUACAGUGACUACACCAGUGUUUCAGCAUUUUACAUGAACCCAAACCCAUCCACUGUGUGCUUUCUUUACAGUAAAUAUGACAGUUAAAAAUUUAAAAAAUAACUGCUGCUUUGUUUACAUUUAAACAAAGUAGUGCUGAGACUGCUGUCAGAAUGUGACUACCUUGAUUUCAUUGCAUCGAAAAAACACCACCAUUCAUCCAAUCUGAUUCAAACUCCCCACUGCACUUCCUCAGGACCCCUGUAAUACCCCUACCAAGUUUGAGCAUGAUCUGAAGUACCGUUGUCAAGAUAUGCAAUGGUUUCUAUGCAGAAUGAACACCCCUAAAAAUAGUUCAGAAUGAGACAUUCUAGAAUUCAUGCUGCAUAUAAGUGUCAGUGUGCAGACAGUUGGGGACAGUGUCUUACGGAUUUCAGCAGGACAACAGGACUACUGGAAAUUAGCAGGACAUCGAGAUUAAACUCAUCAACCUUUCAACAAAGUCCAAAGAAGCCAACAUUUUUGAGUCUUCUGGGACAAAACAAAAAUGUACUUUCAAAGUUCAUCAUCAUCCUCAUCAUCAUCCUCAUCCUCAUCUUCCUCCGAGGGGAGUUCCUCAAGGCAGCGUUCCGAAGUCCCAACAGGCUACACGGUGGUGAAAGAACUGCGAGAUGGAAGCUAUGGAACAGUGCUGGAAUGUGUGAAAGACAACACUGAAGAGCACGUGGCUAUAAAGGUGCCCCAAAGGAACAAUCUUGACCAUGAGGCGAAAAUCCUGAAAAAGCUCAUGAGCCACAACUCAAAGGAGUCCAACAUCAUUGACUACAAAGGAGACAUCUUUGUAGAAAAUACGCGGCUCCUGGUGUUUGAAAAACUGGACAUCACCCUGUGGGACUAUGUGGAGAAUUUACCACAGCCAAUGCCACUGGAACACGUCCGUACAGUUAUCCAGCAGCUGGCUGUAGCUUUGAAAACAACAAAGAGUGCUGGCAUCAUCCACACUGAUGUGAAGGAGGAUAACAUCAUGAUGGUGGAUCACGUGAAGCAGCCCUUCAGGGUCAAGCUGAUUGACUUUGGUUUGGCCAAGUACAAGUCCAAAGCCAGGGCAGGAAAGCUAUGCCAAGGACUUGCAUAUAGAGCUCCAGAAAUCUUCCUGGGCCGGCAGUAUUCAGAGGCCAUCGACGUUUGGUCGUUAGGCUGCGUGAUGGCCAGGAUGAUGACUCAAGAUAGUCUCUUUGGAUCAGACUCAGAAUACUGGACACUCCGACGCAUGAUCCAUCUGCUGGAUCUGCCGCCGCAAUAUCUCAUCGAUGCUGGCCGGAGAUCACGAUUAUUUUUUGAGAGAAUGCCAAAUGAUUGGUGGCGGCUGAAGACACCUAUGGAUUAUUUUGGGACCGAUCUCGUCCACUCCGACCCCACAGUUUACACGUUCGACUCUCUGGAAGAAAUGAAAACGCUGUGCUCUGAGACGGACAACCCAGCAGAGGCUGAUGAGAGGAGGGAGUGCAUCGAGCUGUUGAAGGCGAUGCUUCAGUGGGAUGAUGACGACAGAAUCACCCCCAGUGGUAUCCUCAGGCAUCCCUUUAUCACCAAAAGCUACCUCAGCAGCAGCUCCCCCACCAGCAGUUGCGAUGAAUCUAGACCCUCCACCAGCCUGUCCAUCAUGGUUAAGCCUGCAGACCCUGAAAACAGAAUUAACCUGACAGGCUUGCUUGAUGAGGACAGUGACCUGAAGAGCAGUGAGUAUGAGGACAGUGACGAUGCUGACACUGCUGAAGACACUGAGGACAGCAUGGAUAGUAAUGAGGAUGAAGACACUGAAGUCAAUGAGAAGGAGCAGAGAAAGACAAAGAAGAAGAAGAAGAACUGCUUCCAACGUGUCUUCUCUUGGAUAAAGAAGACGUUCUGCUGCUGCUGUGUGUCCGAUGUGAUGGACUGAGCAGCACUGUCAAGUGUCUUUCACUGUCACGGUUUUUCACUGUGAAGCGUCUUUAACGCAUGGCUUCCCACACUUGAAGAGGAAGGCCUGGUCUUUGCAACAGGAUUCCACUCUUUUCACUUUUCCUGUUCUCUCUCUCCUUCACCCUCACCCCAACCGGUCGAGGCAGAUGGCCGCCCUGUCUGAGCCUGGUUCUGCCGGAGGGUUCUUCCUGAAAAAGGGAGUUUUACCUCCCCACUGUCGCCAAGUGCUUGCUCAGACAGGGAAUCCAAAGGAAACUUUGGAUUUGUUGGAUUUCUCUCUAUAAUUUUGACUUUACUUUUCUUAUUGAAGUGUCUUGAGAUGACACAUGUGAACUGGUCAAUAAAAUUUAUUGAAAAUGAA